AUGGAAAUGCCAGCUGAGCGACCCUCGCACGCAAACGAUACCUUGACGGCGUCUGAAGUUGGGGUAUGUGUAGGCGGCAUCAUCUUGGUCACUAUCAGCGUGAUCCUGCGAUAUGUCGGCCGAUGGAUACUUCAAAAGCGUAUGAAUGCUGGAAAAGGGAAAAGAGGCGAGCGAAUCUGGGGCCUCGACGAUCUAUUCAACGUUCUGGCCUUCCUGUCUUUCUACGGACUUGCGAUCUAUGUCUCGGCCAUAUUCUAUAACCUCACCUUGGGCAUGAUCAAGCUAAGCGUCCUGUCGCUCUACCAACGCAUCCUCCGAGGCGUGCAGUCACCGACAAUGAGAACCGUAGUCUGGAUCGUCUUUGGUAUCGUGGCUGCUAAUACGUUCGCCAACGUUCUUGUCGCCGUGUUCCAAUGCCAUCCCAUAAAGGCUGCUUGGGACAGUUCGCUGCCCUCGGAACAGAUACGGUGUGUGGAUAUUAAUGCCUUCUACCUUGGCAAUGCGAUCACAGGUGUAUCCACAGAUGCGAUCGUAUACUUCUUGUCGAUACCCAUAGUUUUGCCUUUACACUUGGACAAAAAGACUAAGCUGCAGCUUCUUGCUACCAUGCUCGUGGGUGCAUUCGCUGUCAUAACUUCCGCUGUUCGCCUCGGGUUUAUCCCAGCCCUUUUGAAAGAUGCAGAUAGUUCUUAUGCGAUGGGCAUCCCAAUGAACUGGUCUGUCGCCGAGCCAGCCAUUGGAAUUCUCGUGUCGAGCAUGCCUGCGAUACGAGCCAUCCGCUACGUUUGGCGCAAACCUGACGAAGACUCAUACGGCUCGGGAAGUGGCGAGGGUCAGUCUACACUGCGCAGCCGCGACGGCCAGAUCCGAUUGUCAGAGAUCCGGACUGGGACCGACGCGGAGAGCGCAAAGACGAAUGAGAGUGAAGAGGGCCUGGUUGUGGACGGGCAAACAGGUAGUCCAGGACAAGGAAAGAUCAGUAGGACGACGGAGUUCGAAAUUUCGUAUUCGACAGCGGGAUGA